UUAAAAGAGACUGUAGGUGAUCGGUUGUCUCAUUCCACCCACUGUAUCUGCUGGCCUGUCUGUCUCUCUCUGUGGAUUAGUAACUCGUACCAUGCUGUUUUUUUGCCGACAGCUCGCCUGAGGUGAAAGAACGCUGGUUAGAUACUCUUCACAGAAAUACUAAAGACGCAAAAGCGAGGGCUGGUUUUUCUUUUUCACCCCCAGACGUCCUCAUGAAGGUGUUGAGUGGCAGCAUCACAACUAAAACUCUAACAGGAGGUGGCAUGGAACAAUUAAUUGAGUUGCCAGAUGUGAAUGGCAAUGCAAAGAUCUCCGCGCUGUCAAAACAGUUGAAUAACCAAGAGGACAAGCUGUCACAGCCCACUGAAAAAAGGUGGAACCAAGUGGUGAAGAAGCUCAGAAAGGGCUCUAGUUUCAUCAACAAAACAAGCCGAACAGAAACUGACACCAAGACUCAGCUGUUUGGACAGCCCCUCUGCAAGAUAUGCCCUGACGACUGCUCACUUCCCAAACCAGUCACAGAGAUGCUGUUGUUGCUGAGGAAGAGAGGCCCGUCCACAGAGGGAGUGUUUCGAAAGCCAUGCAACAACAAGAACAUGAGGGACAUCAGAGAGCAGCUCAACAGCGGCCUGGAUGUGGACAUGGAGAGGCAGCCGGUCUCUCUGCUGGUCGGGCUUCUCAAAAGUUUUCUGAAGGAACUUCCUGGUAGCCUGCUGGUGUCUGAACGUUAUGACAGCUGGAUGACGGCUCUGCACAAUGAGGACGCUGAGCAGAGAGCUGUGGAAAUCAGAAAGGUGGUAGAUGAGCUCCCCGGGCACAACAAACUCCUCCUGCAGCACCUUGUCUGCGUCCUCCAUCACAUCCUUGAAAGUGCUGACAUCAACAAGAUGGACGCCCACAACCUGGCAGUGUGUAUUGGCCCCACUCUUCUGCAGUUGGAUGGCACCCCGCUGGAUGAACAGAAGGAGAAGAUGGAGAAGGUCACAGAGGUAACUGAGUUCCUGAUUGAGCACUGUGAGAUACUUGGAGAGAAUAUUCUGAAUCUGCUGGAUACUGAUGAAGACUCUCUGUCCUCCCAGCAUCAUGACUCUGCGUAUGACAGCACCGACCCAGACGGAGAUGGGGAGCCAGGAGAGAGCACCGGCUCCACACAUGGAGAGUGUGGCUCAUCUUCCUCUCUCAGUCCCUCCAUCACCACAAUGCCUUGGGCAUCUGAUGUUGUGUUCGACACAAAGCCACAGUUCAACCGUCGUUGCUCUGAGCCCAUCAUCUUCCUCUCACAUGGUCUUGAGAACCUGUGUGUCCAUGCCAGGAGCCAUGAGGACUGCUCCAUGGAGAGGAGGGACUUCGAGGAGCAGCCCCUGAAAAAGCAGAUCUCCGAUGACUCCUUCUUGCUCAGAGGACGAGGGGGAGCCAGGCCAGAUCUGUCUCUUCCAAAACUGAGCAGCAGCUCCAACAUGGAUCCAUACAUGGCCAGUAACCGUGCCAAGGACUGCUCAUGCUCUUCCCUAGAGAGUGCUGCCUCAAACCAGUCAGAGGGCUCUGUUUUCACCAGUUCCCCAGUGGGAUCACCAACCUGCCCAAGGAAAGCAAACACCACCAACCAGCCCUCACUGGCUGCAAAGGCUCAACAGGACAUUGCCAGACCGUUUUCAGAUGAGAAGAGGCGUUCCCUGUCCAUGAGAGUAGGCAAUAAAGUCCUACAGAGGACCCGGAGUUUAGGAGCCUUCAGCAGGAGCAGCCUGAAGAAAGACUCUCAGAAGGAAAACUCUUUCCCUUGUGAAACACUCCAGGAAGACUUUCAGAAUGAAGCAGAUGGUGGAUCUGAGCUUCAACACAAACCACGCCCUCUGUCGGCCAUUGAGGUGUUUAAGCAGGUGGACAGCAGGCAGCCCUGCAGUCCUCCAUCAUACGAGCAGGCAGUGCAGAAUGUGGGUCUGCCUCCACAGUAUGGAGCAAUGACUGUACAAGACGCCAUAGAGUUCGAGAGGAGGUCCCGCCCAUCCUCUGUAAAUUAUGACUUCCCACCUACCUGCUCCGUGACUCAGUACAUAGACAGUUUUCCUCAAACAGCACAGGACAGAGCCGGUUAUGUUGAGCGGCGGCGGCCUUUCCGCCAGAGAGCCAUGUCUGAGUCUGUGUCUGCAAGCCGCCAUGAGGUCGUGUCGCGGAGAUGUAGCCAGCCUGUGUUUGAGGAGCUUUCUUACGCCAAGGAGUCUUAUGUUUGAUUUACUUUGGGACUGUUUCGCAGAUCGGAUUUUAGUUAUACAGACAUUUCUUGAAGGCAGAACUGCAAGUUAGCAACCCAGCAAGCUUUUUUUUUUUUAACUGCUUCAGGGCCACAUCAUACACAGACGUCGAAGGUUAGCCAAGCUGACUUUUUAAUCUAGAGAACUUAAAAUGUUUAGAUUGCAUGUUCAAUAGCAAGAACGCUUAGAUUUACAAUAGCAGCUACUUCCUCCUUAUUACUUCUUUGGUUGGUUGGACAGAGAAACUGUGUUUCAAGGCCCUGUCCAAUGAGUAACUGUCACAGCAAUGUUUGUAUAAAAAAAUCUCCAAUCUAUUAAUUUUUCACUGUUUCACUUUGAAUGAAUGUGAGCAAUGUGCCACCUCUGUGGUCACACUGUCGAAGUAGUACUAUUUAGAGUACAAAUAUUAAAAUAUAUGUUGUUAUCAUGAUAGAUAUUUAGUCUAUCACAAUGAAGCUAUGAAAACACAGUCGGCUGUGGAUAAAAUAUGCUAUGAGUUUCUAUGUCUUGUUUGAGGUUUUUUCGGUACGGUAAUGUACAGUAUAGCACGUCAAGCACUGUUUUUUUGUUUGGUUGUUUUUUUUUGUUUGUUUGUUUUUUGCUUUUUGUAAAUCCUCUUCACCUUGCAUGGUCUCCUUCUUCCACUACAUGAAAGCACUUUUCUGAUGAUGAACUAUGCUUUGGUUACUUGGGUGCAAAAGAAAAUGUAAAUAAAGUCAAAUAGAUAUAGGUUUGUAACCUUUGCCACAGGGUCUUCCAGAGCAGGGAUGGUUUUAUGUAACCACCUAAGAAAAUGGAAGCAAAACAAUUCAAUAAAAGAAAGUAACACA